AAGAGUCUAUGCUUAGGGUGGAAGAAGAAUAAGAGUCUUAACAUCACAGUUCUGUUUUUUGUAUGUGUGAUAAAAUACUCAUUUUUAUCAUGCAGUGAUGCCAAUUGGUGGAAAGGAGAAAAUCACAGAGGAGUAGGAUUGUUCCCGUCUAAUUUUGUUACCUCUAACUUAAAUGAUGAGCCUGAGUCAGGACCUAUUGAUAAGGAUGCUCCUGAAGAGGUUACUGAAAUUAAAAAAGCUGAGCCAGAGCCAGUGUACAUAGAUGAGAAUAAGAUGGAUAAGGCAUUGCAGUUACUUCAGAGCAUAGAUCCAACAGAUCCUAAAUCUGAUUCUCCUGAUCUUCUGGAUUUAGAAGAUGUCUGUCAACAGAUGGGUCCCAUGAUAGAUGAAAAGCUAGAAGAAAUUGAUAGGAAGCAUUCAGAAUUGUCUGAAUUAAAUGUGAAAGUAAUGGAAGCUUUGGAACUCUACAAUAAACUAAUGAAUGAAGCUCCUAUGUAUUCUACGUACUCAAAGAUGCAUUCAGCAGCACAGUAUGCACCUACAUCAGCCAGUGUUCCAUUGCAGUCAUAUCCCAUCCAUCCACACAGUGGGAAUUAUGUGGUCCAUGGUAUGCCUCAAAGCUACAAUCCAGGAAGUGAUCAGAUUGGUCCACUGAGGUCCUUGCCUCCAACUGUGAAUUCUUCAGUAACAUCUCAGCCUGCUCAGACUUACUUAAGCCCUGGUCUAGAUUCUGUGUCCAGUUCUACUUACAUGAACCAGAAUUCUUGCCUCCCGCCUGCUGGUCCCGUUUCUUAUGCCCAACCUAUGGGCCUGCCUGUGGAUAUGCUAGCCUACCAGAACACUGCAUCCAGUUUGCCUCAAGGUCCCUGCUAUCCAGCAGCUCCCACUCAUUCACUUCCACAGCAGCAAACAAAUUAUCACCAGCAGCCUCUCCUGUGAAAAUGCAGAGUCUGAGCCUGGAAACAGUUUUACAUGUUGCUGACCCGUAAUCUUUUAAAUGGUCCUUCCAUUGAUUUAAAAGGAUACUUCUGCUCAAGGGAACAGACAACCAAGCAAUUUCAAAGUAAAAGUUAAUUCAAGCUUAAGUGUCUUUCUGCAUAGCUGUUUAAACUAGGUGAGCUGCGGGUGUGUUAAAAAAAAAAAAAAAAAAAAGCUUUCAAUCUUGACUUCUAUAAUAUUCUAUGUCUCCUCGCUAUUGAUAAAAAUGCCACUUCAAUUUUUCCCUUGUAAUAGAAGCUGGGAAACAAAGCUGAUAUAUGCAACUCCUCCUGUUUGCUCUUUCUGGAUUUUGGGAACAUAGUAAUUGUGUUUUAAUGGAACCUUUACAUUUGAAGUGCUUUCUUUGAAACCCAGUUUAAUUGGUUAAUUUGGACUUUGGUUUGCAUCCCUUUGAGAUCAUCAUCUUAACAAGAAUGCCUUUUAAGAUUGUACAGUAGUUAUGAACUUGAGAAACACACACACACACACACACACACACACACACACACACACAGACACUUUGAAUAUCAGAGAAGUUAAUGGCUUUUAUGGUUUCUGCCAGAAUUGAUUUCUUUCUUGCUUUUUUUCAAAAACUAGUUAUUUUUAUUGCUGUUGAGUAAUAUUCCUGGUCUGAAGACAAGAGAGCUUAAAGAGUGCAUUUUUAAGUUCAUAAAUUAAUUCCCAAACACAAAUGGACCUGAUCAAAUUUGGAUCAGUCUUUUCUCUCUGUUCUCAUUCCCUGGCGUUACUGAAUAUUCACCUAUAUGAAGGAGGAGCUGAUGAGUUGAUUAUGCUGUGUUUUAGUCACAGUAAGAAUUUAUGUGCAGAUUCUUUUUUUACCUUAGCUGGUAAAUACGUAUUGUAAAAGGGUGUAUGGAAGGGGAUAUGGCAAUGUAUUUUUCUAGUGUUGAGAAGUCAGAAAGAGUUCCUGUCCAGAUUUUUAAAAAGAAAAAAAGAUUUUCUGUUCUGGAUAUUCCUUCAUUUCUUGCUGCCCAUGGAUUUAUCCUAUUAAUAACAGGAUCAUCCUGAAGGGAAAAAAUACAGCAUACAGUAUAGUUGGAAAGGGGAAUGGACACAUUAUUAAAAUAAGCAGAAAUGUAUAAGUAAAUGCAAGGAAAACCAAAGGCAUUUAUACCACGCUCUCAGAGUUGUUCUGCAGUAUCUGUUGCCUGUGGUAUCUAUUAUCAAAUGAUCCCCACUCUUCACUUCAAAUACUGGUGCUAAGUAAGCUAUUUAGAUUUAUGCUAAUAAUGACUUGGACCAAUAUGUCUUUGGGUAGGCUGUUUCAGAAAAACACAGUUGUUGGUCAUCUCUCUUUAUCAGCAAGAACACUUACAUUUUCCUUUUUUGUGUUGAUUUUGUUUUAAUCUUCUCAAAAAUAUUUAAUUUUAAAGGCUGCUUUUUAAAAUCCUUAUUUAGAGCGAAGUCAGGGUUUUCUCACUCAGCUCCAACGUUUUAUAAACAAAAUGAGGAUUUUGAAUAGUGUGCAUUGUUCUUUCACAUUAAUACAUUAAAUGGUCCAUUUAUAUUUAUCAUAAUCUUUGAUACUACUUUAAGCGGUGCCCAAUAUCUGACUGUGAUGUUGAGUUGAAACAGUCUUUUUUCACUGCAUUUUGUCCUUUAUAUAUAAUGUAUAAAUAAUAAAUGUGUAUAUAUAUCCACUGUCUGAGAUUUUAUACACGACUACAUAUAUACUAAUUCUCUUAAAUCACUGAAGUUUUAUAUGUAGCUGCAUUUGGCUCUAUUGUUAAUUGCUGUAAUCUUAAAAUGCAUUUAUGCAAGCUGUAAAUAUGUAUAAAUUCUAAUGUUCAGUUGGUGUAUUUAGUGUUUUGGUGUCAAUGGGGAUCACAUUUCUUCCCUUUUCUAAACUAAAAUAUUUAUUGUUAAGGCAUGAUUAUAAUGAUGUUACCAAAGGAAUUAACUACAGAUUUCCAUAGUUAGGGCCCGGACUUCAUUUGCAUCAGUGAGUAUUUAGCCAUUGAUUUGAAUGGAAUUUCAACUAUACUGCAGACAUAUACCUAUUUUUAUAUUAAAAGUAAACAAUACUGUGCUUUGCUUGACAUAUACAUUAACUGAAUAAAUAGAAAUUCUUUACAGUUCAUAAUGAGUGUUGUAUUGUGAUUUGUUUUGUGGGCGUUCAAUUAAGGUUCAGUUUAUAUUAGUUUAGAGAUAAUUUACUAUCUUAAAUUUGUGUUUGAAAAGUUGCCCAAAACAAUUAUUUGUUCAAUCUAUAUCACCAUCUGUUUCAGUUUAUUCCCCAGAGAUAGUCAUUCUUAAAUAACCUUGUGAUUCCAAAGACUUUAUAGUCUAAAUGUUUUAAUACUUCCAUUUGCCUUCCUGCCAUGCCCCACCCCCAAUUAAAGUUGUCAGACUUUUAAAUAUCUCCUGCAACUUUUGUGCUGAUUUGGUUUUCCUGAGAAUACGAGAGCCUGGAAAUGAAAUACUGGCAGUUAGGGGAUAGCUGUGUCUUGCUGUUAUUUUUCCACCUGAAAAUGCUUUCUUUUUCUAUGUAUCAGUGCUGGCUGUUAACCAACAUAAUGGGAACCAGUGGUGGAGCUACCCCCACAACUUCAUGCAAGCCCUCCAAAUCUAUUGCUGAUUAGAUUGGGGGAACGUGCAGAAUGGGUGCAGGGAGGAAAGCAAAAGGAUGUGUUUUUGUAAAAGCAGGUAUUUUUUCAUGUAAUGUGAAUAUAACCCAUGUUUUCUCAAGAAAUGUGUCCGAGUGCUACCCAUAAUCAGGUAGUGUGUUUUUUUGGUAAUAAAGUUAUGUUAACUCUUCAUGUAGAAAAAUUUGGCAUGACACUGAAUUAAAUUUACUUUGAAAUUGCGUUAAGUGAGAGAAGAAAAAGAGAUAAUACAGAGUCCUUGGAUCAGUAGAAUGCAUUCUAAAGAUUUACUCUGUAGAAAAAUGCUAUUUUUCUGGUUACUUGUUCAAGUUCAGAUUUAACCAUUUCUUUCCUGCAACAAAUUACAUUUUGAGUAUUUCUAUAGAAUAUUUUUCAAGCAACCUCUGGUAUUAAUGUGCAAUCCAUUACUUUGGAAUAUCUUGUCUCCAACAUAUUUGCACAGACUUGUGCAAAUAAAAC